UAAAGCACUGAUUGUGUUGUGUUUUGAAUACAGAUUCUGGCUGUCCAUUUGACUUCCUUAACCAAACAAAUGAGAUGUUUAACAGAAAUAAUAGUGCAGAGAAAUACAAUAACCAAACUAUGCAAUACUCUGAGAAACUGGCCAUAUCAAAGGAGGCAGUCAUGCUAUUUAAAGGCUUGAUGGUCACACGCUUCAUGCCCUCGUUCUACAUCAUUGUAAUGCUCUUUAGUUUGCCACUGAACGCUUUGGCCUUGGUGACGUUCACCUGUAAGACUCGAGUGAAGAAACCAGCGGUGAUCUACAUGUCUCACCUGGCGUGUGUGGACCUGCUCUUCACCCUGCUGCUGCCUCUGAAGAUCCACUACCAGCUGAACGCUUCAGAUUGGGUGUUCGGUGAGGUGGCGUGCCGUGUACUCAGUGUAGCGUACUACUGCAACAUCUACUGCUCCAUACUGCUGAUGAUGUGCAUAAGUGUGGACAGACUGCUGGCCGUGGUGUUUCCCGUCACCUCUCUAACCUGGAGGAGCCCAAGGAAAGCCACGUGCGUAUGCGUGCUGGUCUGGCUGCUGGCGCUCGCUGGUAUGGUGCCAACUCUCUUAGUGAGACAAACGGCCAAUGUCAAGAAUGUGGGGAUCACCUGCUUUGAUGUGCUGGAAAGACAUGGCUUUUCAUUGCAGUUUUACUUGUACUUUUUCACCAUCAUUCCCUGCAUCUACUUCUUCCUGCCGCUGGUUGUCAUCUUGGUGAGCUACUCUAUCAUCAUAUAUGUGCUCUGUGUCAAACCUACUCAUUUAACAACAUCAUCUUCUUCCCCACACAAGGAAAGAAGAGCUGUGAUUAUGGCUACUGCUGUGUUGAUUGAGUUUGUAAUCUGUUUUGCACCAUCCAAUGCCAUCCUGUUGUACCGCUGUGUUUAUUUAAAUACUGGAGGAAACAAAGCAGUAGAUACCUAUGCUGCUUACCUGUUGGCUGUGUGUUUGGGGAGCUCAAGUGUUUUCCUGGACCCUCUGCUGUACUAUUACGGCUCGUCUCAGUACAGACAGCAGAUCAGCUCUGUGUUGUGGGGCAGGAAGGCAGAAAGAGCAAACCCUCAAUUAAGCACAAACACACAGACACUUACCUUAGCUGCACUGUAAAAUGAACUGGAACAAGACUUUACCAUUUUAUCAUUGUUGUAAUACAUUAUCUUCACACAUCUAUUCACACAUAUAUAAACACAUGAUAGAGAUGCCAUGAAACCUGAAAAAAUUAAAUAAUUAAAUUAAAUUAGACAUUUAAAACAAAAAUUACAUUCUGAAAAGUUUUAAUUAUCAGAACAGAAAAGUACAUUUUCUAAAAAAAAUUCUUCAUAAGAACAAAAUCAACUCAAAUAAAAAGCUGUACUUAAGCAUUAAAUGACUCUGGAUAUAACUUCAACAUCAUUAUCAUCGUCAGAGGUGAGGUUUGUCCUGCAUUUAACAGAUUCACCACAAUGUAUUCAUUUGCCAGUAUUAAUCAAUAUAUGGAGUGUAUGUAUUUAGUGGCUCUGCAUGUGAGAUGCAUGUAUAAAGUGCUGUAUUAUAAUCUUUAACUACAACUACGUGCAUACAGUAGGCUACAUUUAUAAUAUCAUGCUGUGCUAAUGAAGGAUCUCUCUAUCUAUGAAUUUAUGUGAUUCUGCAAUAAAAUAAUCAAUAAAAACUGUAAUAAAGUUUGAUUAUUUCUUUUAAACAUUUUUUUUAACAUGACACAGAGAGGCUGUGAUUAAGCAAUCCUCUAGGUGGCGGUGUUUGGAUCUGGAUCCAACUCACAUAUUUACAUAUCCAUUAAACCUACCCGCUUAAAGCGCGUGCUCCUGAAAGUGUGACACGUGCGAACAGCCAAUCACACCGAUCAUGGAGAGCAUCUGUCUGAUUCACUUCUCGCGAGAGAGCCACGCAAUUCACUACUCUUCUUAAGAUUAAGAGAUCGUUAUGAAAAAUGACAAAAUGAAAAAUUAAAUGCAUUUACAAAGCAGGAAUAAACACUGCUGCUGCAGUUAAUGUUUGAGAAGGCAAAUGAAAGAAAAUAUCUGACUAACCAAUGCAUGUGAAUCAAAUAUAAACGCAGUCUUUAUCACAAAGACCUCAAAAGAAUACAUGUAAGCUUACCUGUUUUAA